AACAAUCUUCUCCAGGUGAGGCAGAUCUGUACCAAGAACUGCAUCAACUGCAAAACCACCAGAUUUCUGAGUCUCGCAUCCAAAGCCUGGCAACAGCAUCAGGUGAAGGAGAAGGACGCAGUUGAAUUCCCAGUUCCAGGCGUCCCAAUCUCCUCUACCAAAGUGAGCAAAGAUUCAGUGACUGUCAAAUUCGGUGAUGGCAGCGAGAGCCCGAUGCCCUACGUGUGGCUGAGGGACAACUGUCGGUGCCCCGACUGCUACAGCAACGAUGCCUUGGGCAGGAAAUGCCUCCUGACUGACCUCGACGUUGACGUCCAAGCUUUGGAUAUUCAGAGUAAUGAUGAGGUCCUGAACAUCAAGUGGAGUGACGGGCACGUGUCCGAGUACCCAGCAGAAUGGCUCCAUGCCAGGGCAUUCACGCCAACAGCCAGAGCCCUCAGGAGGAGAGUUUAUGCUCUGCCAAGGGAACCCUGGGGCUCCAACCACAAGCUGCGAGAGUUCGAUUACGAGGCCAUGAAGAGGGACGAUAAGGUGCUCCUGGAAUGGCUCCUAACUAUGGAGACUCAAGGAUCAGCGAUGCUCAAGAAUGUGCCAGGUAGAGACGUCGCAGGACCCGAGAUGAUCGAACACAUCGCAUUUGUCAAACAGUCCCAUUAUGGGCCCCAUUCUCCAGUGAUUAACAGACCAAACACCAACAACGUAGCUUUCACCAACGCCAAAUUAGGGAUGCACAAUGACCUUCCUCAGUACGAGCAAAUGCCCGGGAUCAUCUUCAUCCACUGCUUGAAGCAGCACGUCGGCACCAGAGGUGAGAGCGUCGUUGCAGAUGGGCUCUUUGGCGCCGAGCUCCUCAGGAAGGAACACCCGGAGGCCUUCCAGAUCCUGACCACCACCGACUCCUACUUCUGGGACAAAGGGCACGCAAACUUCUCCUGGGAGAUGGACGAGUUCUACAAGAUCUCCAAGUUCCCUAUCAUCACACUUAACAACAGUCAAGAGGUCAUUCGAGUUGCUGUCAACAACGCCAUCCGGGACUCCUACCUCGACCUGCCAUCGAAUAAGGUCAAGAAAUUCUACGAGGCCAUGAAGCUCUUCAACGACAUCCUUUACGCCAACUCCUCCACCUUCAAGAUGGACACCGGCGACCUGAUGACUCUGGACAACGUGCGGUGCCUUCACGGCCGUGAAGGCUACGAAGCAUUCAGCGACCGGCACAUCGAGUCUUCUUACCUCGACUGGGAUGAGGCUCGAUGCCGCCGGAGGAGAAUCCAAGAGAAACUAGGCCUACUUCGGACUGUGUGAAACCUGCGCUUGUAUAUAUGAUAUUGAUUUAUAAUGUCACUCCACGUGAUAUAUUCACUUGUGAAGCCUUGAAAGGAUUCUAGUCAAAGGAAGAGGAAGAUGGAGUAUGGGAGUUGGGAGAAAGUAGCCUAAAUUUGAAAGCCUAAAAAGUUAUUCGUAAUGGCUCCAGUCUUCAGAUGUUGCAGAUUGUCAACUUCAAGUAUUAUUCUCCAGUUAAACUGUUGUCUCCAUAUAUGCUACACAUCUU